AUGUCCGGCGAGGACUGCCCCGAGCCCUUCGAGGAGUUCCCCACGGAGAUCCUCGGCAAGCGCCUCUGCGACAACCUCCAGCUCUGCCACUACACGCGGCCGACGCCCGUGCAGAAGUACUCGCUGCCCAUGGGCCUCGCGGGCCGCGACAUGAUGGCCUGCGCGCAGACGGGCUCCGGCAAGACGGGCGGCUUCCUCUUCCCCGUCCUCGUGGCGCUCCUCCGCGACGGCGCGGCGCCGGCGGACCCCAACGAGCAGCGGGGCAACUCGCGGCGCCAGCGCGCGCGGCCCAACGGCCUCAUCCUCGCGCCGACGCGCGAGCUCGUGUCGCAGAUCUUCGACGAGGCGCGCAAGUUCUGCUACUGCACGGGCGUGCGGCCCGUGGUCUGCUACGGCGGCGCGGAGACGCGGGGCCAGCUCCAGGAGCUCGAGCGGGGCUGCGACCUCUUGCUCGCGACGCCGGGCCGCCUCGUCGACUUCCUCGAGCGCGGCCGCGUGACGCUCUCCGCGUGCCGCUUCCUCGUGCUCGACGAGGCGGACCGCAUGCUCGACAUGGGCUUCGAGCCCCAGAUCCGGCGCAUCGUCUGCCAGGAGGACAUGCCCCAGACGGGCGCGCGCCAGACCUUCAUGUUCUCCGCGACGUUCCCCCGCGAGAUGCAGAUCCUCGCGGGCGACUUCCUCGACAACUACAUCUUCCUCACCGUCGGCCGCGUGGGCUCGGCCUGCAAGGACGUGACCCAGCGCUUCCAGUUCGUCGACGGCCGCGACAAGCCCGACGCGUUGAUGCGCUACAUCUCGUCCCUCGAGGAGAGCGGCCUCACGCUCAUCUUCGUCGAGACGAAGCGCGACGCGGACUACCUCGAGGACACGCUCUGCCGCGAGGGCUUCCCGGCGUCUUCCAUCCACGGCGACAAGACGCAGCGCGACCGCGAGCUCGCGCUCCGCGAGUUCAAGAGCGGCCGCACGCCCAUCCUCGUCGGCACGGACGUCGCGGCGCGCGGCCUCGACAUCCCCAACGUGCUCCACGUCGUCAACUUCGACCUGCCCCGGGCCGUCUCCGACUACGUGCACCGCAUCGGCCGCACGGGCCGCGCGGGGAACACGGGCUACGCCAUGUCCUUCCUCUGCGACAAGAACCGGAACAUCGUCCGCGAGCUCAUCGACCUGCUCGUCGAGAACGGGCAGGACGUGCCCUCGUGGAUGGAGAACAUGUGCCAGUACUCGGCGGGCUUCGGCGGCUCGCGGGCCCGCGGCGGCGGCGGCGGCGGCGGCGGCUACGGCGGCAAGGACGUCCGCGGCGGCGGCCGGACGUCGUCCGGCGGCGGCGGCGGCUUCCAGAUGCGAUCCGGCAACGCGGCCUCCGGCGGCUCGCGCGCGCCGCCCGUCGAGCGGGACAACUCGGCCUGGUAG